UGAAACCCGAAAUUUAUGGAUGAUUCCCUGCCAUUUGAGGUGGGUGCCGUGAUGUAGAAUUUCGGAGGUUUCUGACGUUAUUUUUCUGGUUCUCGUGUUUCUCUCUGUUCCAACGCUCACCGAAACUGAAUGAUCGGUGGUAUUGUUUUUCGUUUCUAUCGCUCUCGAAAUUAAGGUUUGAUUCUCAAAGCGUCCAGGUGGAAAUCCUUCUGCGGCUCAUGGUUCUCGCUUUUUAUUCUGUAGCAGAUGAGGUAGGAACUUCAAUUUGUUUUCGAUCACGGAGGGGGAUGAAGAUUCAUUGUUAAAUUGACUAGUACUGCGGGGUUUCUUAUUUUUUGAUUUAAUUUGAGUUGAAUAAAGAGUUGGGGAAGAGAAAGGGGUUGAUCUCUGGGGUUUAAAAUGGGCUAUUUGAACUCGACGCUUGCCAAUUCCAGUGUAGGUAACAGCGCUGAUUCGCCCGUCAGCGGUGGAGGGCUCAGUCAUAAUGGAAAGUUUAGUUAUGGGUAUGCGAGCUCUACUGGAAAGAGGUCUUCGAUGGAGGAUUUCUAUGAGACCAGAAUUGAUGGGGUUGACGGUGAGACUGUUGGUCUUUUUGGAGUUUUUGAUGGUCAUGGUGGCGUCCGAGCAGCUGAGUAUGUGAAACAACACCUCUUCAGUAAUUUGAUCAACCAUCCAAAAUUUAUCAGUGAUACUAAGUCAGCCAUAGCUGAUGCCUACAGCCAUACAGACUCUGAGUUCUUGAGAUCUGAAAAUAAUCAAAGCCGAGAUGCUGGAUCAACAGCUUCGACUGCUAUUCUCGUUGGCGAUCGUCUCCUUGUAGCUAAUGUUGGAGAUUCUAGGGCUGUCAUAUGUCGGGGUGGAAAUGCCAUUGCUGUUUCAAGAGAUCACAAGCCUGAUCAAACAGAUGAGAGACAGAGAAUUGAGGACGCUGGAGGUUUUGUUAUCUGGGCUGGCACAUGGCGCGUUGGUGGUGUAUUAGCUGUUUCCCGUGCAUUUGGUGAUCGUUUCUUGAAGCAGUAUGUGGUUGCAGAUCCUGAAAUUCAGGAAGAGGUGGUUGAUGGAUCUCUAGAGUUCCUCAUCCUCGCAAGUGAUGGACUGUGGGAUGUAGUCUCCAAUGAGGAGGCUGUAGCCAUGGUCAAACCCAUUGAAGACCCAGAACAGGCUGCAAAGAACCUGCUGCAGGAGGCUUCCCUUAGGGGAAGUGCUGACAAUAUAACCUGUGUCGUCGUGCGGUUUCUUGGUUGCAUUAGUGAGGAUAACACUCACAGCGUACAAGAGCAGUGAGGUUGGAAUAAAAUUCACUUAUAAAGCUUUUCUCUAGUAAAGCAAAAGGCAUCAGAGGAAGGUAUGUUUUGCAUAUUUCAGUACUGCAAGCAAUGAAAAGGAAUUGAUUUUGCUAGCUCAAGGUAGGUUUUUUUCUGGAACGGCUGUUGCUUGAAGGACGUAAUGUUUUUCUUUUCUCAAUCUAAUCUCUUAGGUUGUAAUGAAUUUGUUUCUAAAUAGAGCCCAGUUUGGUGUCGA